GGUGCUGUUUUUGUUUUGGUUUUAUUUUCUCUGCGUGUCUCUCAGAGGAGCCAACCUGACCUCAUCUGGCAUCUUCUGGACGCAGACAUGAGUGGAAGAGUAGGAGACCUCAGUCCUAAACAGGCUGAAGCCCUGCAGCAGUUUCGAGAGAGGAUACAAGACAUUCUUCCUCAACUUCCUGCACAACAUGACCACUUCCUGUUACGUUGGCUCAGAGCCAGAAACUUCAACAUCCAGAAGUCUGAGGCCAUGCUGCGAAAGCAUAUGGAGUUCAGGAAACAGACUAAAGUAGACUCAAUAAUCACCGACUGGCGUCCACCAGAGGUGAUAGAGAAGUAUCUGUCAGGAGGGAUGUGCGGCUACGACCGUGAGGGGAGUCCCAUCUGGUAUGAUGUCAUCGGACCCGUGGAUCCCAAAGGCCUCUUCCUGUCUGCCUCCAAGCAGGACUUCAUCAAGUCCAAGAUCAGAGACUGUGAGAUGCUGCAGAAGGAGUGUACCCUCCAGACGCAGAGGCUGGGGAAGAACAUAGAGGCAAUCACUAUGGUCUACGACGUUGAAGGUCUGGGUCUAAAACACUUGUGGAAACCUGCUAUUGAGACAUAUGGAGAGAUCCUCCAGAUGUUUGAGGACAACUACCCAGAAGGCCUGAAGAGGCUGUUUGUCAUUAAAGCUCCUAAACUCUUCCCUGUGGCCUUCAACCUCGUCAAACACUUCCUGAGCGAGAACACGCGGCAAAAGAUCCUCAUCCUCGGGGCAAACUGGCAGGAGAUUUUACUGAAGUACAUCGAUCCAGAGGAGCUGCCGAUGGUAUACGGGGGCAAGCUGACGGACCCUGAUGGAGAUCCCCGCUGUCGGACCAGGAUAAACCACGUCGGCCCAGUUCCCACCUCCUACUACGUGCGGGAUCACGUUAAAGUGGACUAUGACCAGUGUCUGAGCGUCAGUCGAGGUUCCUCCAAACAGCUGGACUAUGAGAUCCUGUUUCCAGGCUGUGUCCUCAGAUGGCAGUUUGCCACUGAGGGUGCAGACAUCGGUUUUGGGGUGUUUAUCAAAGCUAAAAUGGGUGAAUGGAAGAAAGCGGCUCAGAUGGAGGAAGUCGUGCCAAACCAGCGCUACAAUUCCCACUUAGUGCCGGAGGACGGAUCACUGACCUGUGAACGCCCAGGAGUCUAUGUGCUGCGAUUUGACAACACCUACAGCUUCUUCCAGGCUAAACGAAUCAGUUUUUCUGUCGAGGUCCUGCUACCGGACCACUUACAGACCCCACAGACCAACGGUGGGUCCAGCAAGGAUAAGCAAGCGGAGGGCAGCAGCCAAUCAUAACCACGAAGACGAUGUCAGAUUAGUAGUGUUUAGCUGCCACGAGUAAGCGCUGC